AUGCCGCCGCCGCCCCGCAGCUCCGCCCCGCCCGGAUCCGUUCGCCACCGCCCCGGCUACACGCCGCCGCCGCUCCACCGCUCUCCUAUGGCGCCGAAGAUGAUGCCGAAGGGCAAGUCGGGCUUCUUCGGCAUGAGGCAGAAGCCCUCCGGUAACUUUGGAGUGGAGUUCUCCGACGCCGGGAGGCGUUGGUGGAUCGGCACGUACCCCUCCGCCCACGAGGCCGCGCGUGCCUACGACGUGGCGGUGUGGCGUGCCGAGAGGCCUCGGGAGCACCUCAACUUCCCAGAGAUCGAGAGUCGGGCGGAAGCAGAGAUCGAGUGUUCUGGGCGCAGUUCCGCAGCUCCGACGAUGAGGAGUAGUUUAUCUAGUAGUUUGAAUAAGUAG